AUGAGCACCACCAAGGAUGGCGUUGACUACGACGGCAGCGAUGUCGAGAAGAACAUCUCCAACAACGGCCAGGAGGACACUCAGGUCCACGAGAUCGAUGUAGACGAGCAGGCCAUGACCAAGGCAUCCAUCUCGGACUACUUCACCAUCAUGGCCACUGGUUUUGCGCUCAUCUCGGAUGGCUACCAGAACAACCUGUCCACGGUGUUCAACCCCAUCUUCUCCGCCCUGUACCCCACUGCCUACACCUCGGCCAUCAAGACUCAGGUCUCCAACUCGCUCCUCGUUGGUGAAGUGCUCGGCCAGGUCGGUGUCGGUCUUAUCUGUGACCUCGUCGGCCGUAAGACCGCCAUGGUCGGCACCACCCUCCUCAUCGUCAUCGGCGGCAUCCUCUGCACGGCUGCCCACGCUCCCACUCCUAAUGGUCUUUUCUGGUUCCUCACUGUCGCUCGUGGUAUCAUCGGCGUUGGCGUCGGUGGCGAGUACCCUGCAUGCUCUACUUCGGCGUCUGAGGCUGCCAACGAGAAGUUUGGCCGUAACCGUGGCAAGAUCUUCAUCCUCGUUACCAACCUCAUGCUGUCGAUCGGUGGCCCCAUUGUCAUCUCGCUCUUCCUCCUCAUCAUCAACGCUUCCCACUUUGGUGGCACUACCGUGGGCUCGGACAGGUACAAGCUCCAGUACACCUGGCGCGUUCUGUUCGGCAUUGGUAUUGUGAUCCCCCUGUCGGUCUUCUACUUCCGUCUCAAGAUGCAGAACCCCAAGCUCUACCGUCGCAACGCCAUCCGCAGGCGCCCUCCUUACCUCCUCAUCUUCAAGCGCUACUGGAAGACUCUCCUCGGCACUGCUGGUACCUGGUUCCUGUACGACUUUGUCACCUUCCCCAACGGUGUGUUCUCGUCGACCAUUAUCGCGUCGGUCAUCCCCGGUGCUGGUCUGGUGAAGACUCUCGAGUGGACCCUCCUCCUUUCGAUCCUCUCUCUCCCCGGUGUCUUCCUCGGCGCCUUUGUCGUCAAGUACACCGGUCGUCGCAACCUCCUCAUGAUGGGUUUCACCGGUUACAUCCUGUUUGGCCUCAUCGUCGGUCUCGCCUAUGACAAGCUCACUCCGAUCCCCGCCGCCUUCAUCGUCAUGUACGCGCUCAUGCAGUCCUCGGGUAACUUUGGUCCUGGCAACAUGGAGGGCACCAUCUCCGCCGAGUCGUACCCCACCUCCAUCCGCGGUACUUGCUACGGCUUCUCGGCUGCCAUCGGCAAGGUUGGCGCCGCCGUCGGCACCCAGGCGUUCACCCCCAUUCAGAACAACCUCGGCAAGCGCUACACCUUUAUCAUCGCUGCGUGCUGCGGUUUCCUCGGUGUCCUCCUCGCCUUCUUCUUCGUCGAGGACAAGGGCAUGGACCGUCUCGAGAAGGAGGACGAGAACUGGCGCCAGUACCUCGUCGCCCACGGCUACGCCGACAUCCAGAUGGGUGACGGCAGCGAGGGUGUCAUUACCGCGUCGGGUAACAAGGACAACGGCACUCUCGAGUUUGAGAAGCAGUACGGCAUGGUCACGAACGGUUACGAACUGUGA